CACACAACCACAGUGUCACACUGUGAGAUCAAUGCUUUUAUUGGUAUUACACACACACUGCAUUUGUUCCUCAGGAAGUCCAGGUUUGCUUCCUGGGUCUAUCUCUUGGUUCACGACCUCAGUCCCUGAUAACAUGGAGCCGCUUAAUGUUUAGCCCAAGAUCCACACACACACACACACACAUACAUAGACACACAUAGGGAAGCAGAUGGAUUACAAAAGCACAGUAACCCACAUGCACAGUAACCCACAUGCUGCACAGUGAUGGAGGCGAGAAAGCUAAACGCCAGGAGAACACAAGGGACAGGUGUUGAAGAUGGAGCCAGAGCGGCAUCACACGGGAGCCGUCCUCUCUCUGCUGCAGCUCGCCUCUACGUGUACGCGCUGCACGGCUGUCUCUGUGAGGUGGCCUUCACUGCUGCGUGGGACUGGUGCAGCACCCGGGACAGGAGGCUGGCGGGUCACAGCAGCCUGUGGGCGCUGCCUAUGUACGCCGUCGCCAUCUACCUCCUAGAGAUCCUGAGGGCCCGGCUGCUGGCUCAGCAUCUCCCGCUGCCGGCGCGUCUGACGGCCUACACCGUCUUCAUCUACCUGUGGGAGUUCAGCUGGGGGGCGGGGCUGGGGCUGCUGGGGGCCUGUCCCUGGGACUACUCUGGUUUUAGGUACAACCUGGGGGGACUGGUGACUCUGGAGUAUGCACUGCCCUGGACUGUGGCAGCAUUUAUAGCUGAGCAACAUGUGAUCAGGAACACUCUGAGGAUAAGACUGGCACAGCUCAACUGAUAGCAAUCUGAAGCAACUACAAAGCAUUUAUGGACAUGUUGUUUUUCAUUGUGCAUUUUUCACAUUUGUUUUUGGUAAAUGUUGGUGCAUAUGCAUCUUACCGAGCUAACUUUUAGCUAACUAAAGUCAUAUCUGUGAGUGAACAAGCAGUCGCUGAAAUUUGCCGCAAAUAAAUAUUGGAAGCAGUGUUCCAUGUUGUUAGUCCUGCAAGUGGUCUGAGAACGCUGAUACCAAUAUUUGAUUAAAACAUGAAAACUACUCUAACACCAAAUCCCUUAUCCUUCCUACAUUAUUUUUGCACUUUUGUAGUCAUUUGUACAGGC